GUGUUGAUUCAAGUCGCACUUUCGUACUUGGUAAAAGACGAAAGAACAAACGAAAUGUCUAUGACUCGUUGAUACGUUACCAACGUGCACAUCGAUUCGCAAGAAUAAUGAAACGAAGGAUUUAUAUGCGCCGCAAGGCUGCGUGGGAACGAGAUGACCCAGAAGAGACGUUCAGCGUAGACUCUACCAGUAGCCUGCUUCGCAAGGAAGCCUACGAGUGGUGGAAGAGGACUGAUGAGAGUGCAGGAACCCCUAAGCCAUGGACAUGGGCACAUUUCGAAUGGGCAUUCAAACAAGAAUAUAUUCCAAAACGUUUUAGCGAAGAAAGACGUAAGGAAUUUGUCGAAUUGCAACAGGGAGACAUGACACUCCCCGAGUAUCGUCAGAAGUUUACCAGUCUUGCUAAGUUUGCACCAACCUUGGUGAGUACCCCAACCAAUUGCAUCGAGGAAUUCAGGAAGAAGCUUCGACCUGACCUUAGGUCGCGUGUGUCCGUUCUAACCACCAUGGAUUUCGCGGAGGCCUAUGAUCUCAUAGCCAGGGCAGACAGCGACUUGAGUGCUUGCAUUGAGUAUCUGAAGACAAAUAAUGUCAGUUCAAGCACUCACCGUUCCAUCAACUCUAUCUCAAAAGGAAAAAGGCCCUUCCAGGAAUCUAGCAAUUCCCACUUCUCAAAGAAAGGGAAAUCGUUGCAGACGCACUCUGUGGCAUCGGAAAACAAAUCAAAAGGGUGGAAACACCCAUUGUGCGAUACAUGUGGGAGACAUCAUCCAGGCAAGUGUUGGCUUGCCCAAGAAUUAUGUCUAGGUUGCGGCAAACCUGGACAUUUUCGAAGGGAUUGCCCCACUAAUCCUGGCAAACCAUUUCCGAUAGCCCUAGUUGUCAGCCAAAGAAAAAGGGCUAUUGGGAAGAUAUAUGGUGGACAGAGGGAGUAAAUAUAUAAUCACGUGACGACAAAACUUCAAAUUGUUGUACCAAAUCAAAUGAGCAUGGAUCCAAUUUCAAUGGCUUCUAUAAUUUGUCACGGUAUAAAUUCAAGCCGAGUAACAUUAUUUGUUCAUUUAAUACUAAUGAAAUGUGCCCUAAUCAAUACUAAUAAGGCACCUUUUAAAUU